CGGAGUCGCUCCGGGGAGCUGAUGUUGCACGUUUCGUUGACUACACUCCAAGGUGCAGCGGCGGCCAGCGCAUCGCCUCAGCCAGUCAACAUUAGAAUCAAGUCAAGCAUUGGAGAUGGAUUUGACAGAAGAUGGAGACCAAGACAAGCCAAAGGAAUUCAUUAGGAAGAAGAGGAAAACUGGUUCCCGCUGCAUUGCAUAUGGCUGUGACAAUACCUUGUAUAAGGGUUUCAUCAUGCACCUAAUGCCAGGAAAGAUGCCAGUUGGGCAGGAACAUUUCGACAACGUUCAAAAGCAGUGGAUAACUUUCAUCGGCAAAAAACGAAAAUUUGAAGCGAAGGAUGCAAACACUUAUUCCAAGAUAUUUGUCUGCAGUGGCCACUUUGUGCGUGAGGACUAUGAGCAAAGUCAAGUCGAGAUGUACAGAAGAGGACUCAGGACCCGGCCCCCUUCCCUGAAGAAGUGUUCCUUGCCUUCUUUGAACACUGCCGAACAGCCGUUCCCAUCAGACUGGUUCUUGACUUCCCCAACUUCUCUAUUCUCUUUGUCAUCUCCAUCAUCAUCAUCAUCAUCACCUACAGGUACAUGCUCUACCACAACCAGUACCAGCUGUACAGUACCUACACCUGCCUUACACGAACAUCUACCUCCUUCAAGUGAUUCCCCCAGUCCUCUUUAUACAUCGCAUGAGCCUGACAUACCAAAGCGAAGCCGCAAGGAAUCCAUAUACAUCAGAAAAAGAGAUGUCGAUGCACUAUAUAUUGACUAUGUCAGACAUGCGGAUGAAGAGCGAGCCCAAGACAUUCUUGAAUGCUCAAAAGGAGUGCAGUGUGCGGUUAGAACUGUCAAACAGUGCAAGCCUCCAUUACCACCUGAGCCUGAACACGAAGAUGACUCUGACUUUUGCUCUGAAGAGUGUUCAUGUUGGGAGGGAGCAGAUUGUUGUGCAAAUCAUGAUCAUACAAACUCCAUCCAAGAAAGUCCAAGGAGCAUGAAGCGGAAACUAGAAAAGGCAAAUGAUCAGCUGUUCUCCGUGAGAAGACAACUCGAGACAUCUCAGGCUAAAGCACAGAGACUGAAGAAAAAGGUUGAUUCUCUGCAGGAAGUACUGAAGACACUGAAGAAGAAGAAUUAUUUGACAGAACAGGGGCUGGAAAUGUUGGAAAAGACAUAUGAUGUGCCAGCAGGAACAACGAAGAGAUUUGUCAAGUCAAGGCGCAAAGAUGUAACUUGAUCAGCAUCUCAAAACUCACAGAACACAAAGAAAUAGAUCCUUGAACCUGGCUGGAAAUACUGUGUGGGUCAAAAAAAAGUUUUCUCUCAGAUAAUUGUCAUUUAUUUUAAAAGUCAGCUAUGAACAAAAGGUUAUCAUACAUGUUUUGAAAGAGUGUUAUAUCCUGAAUCGUUUGGCAUCCUUUUUUGUGGUACAUGUACAUGUAUGUGUUCACACUUGGAUGAACAUGAGGCAUUGUUUCCGAGAGUGCAAAAAUCGACUUGCACAAAAGUAUCAGAGUGAGAGAAUGAAUUGAAUGUAUCAAAAUCAAAUGAGAUGCAUUGCAUUUGCUUUUUGCAGAAAUAAAGUCACAAACACGUGCACGCAAAUGUUCUUUGAUAUUUGAUAUUUGUGGCUGAUGAUUAAUUUUGUUAGAGAUGUUAUUUGGAUAUGCAAAGACCGAAUCAAUACCCAAAUCCCAAUUGUUUUAUUCAAACAUCACAUGUAUUACUUUGGCGCAAGUUGAUUUUUGCACUCUCUUAAACAAUGUCUCCUGUUUAUCCAA